AUGAAAGUCUACACCAUCGGAGGUUCCCGCAAUAUUGGAUAUCACGCUAGCCUCAGGCUUCUUCAUAAAGGCGCCACAGUGACGUUCCUCCUCCGAAACCCCUCUUGUUUUGAUGAGGAUGAAGCUAUCCAGGGAUUCGUCAAGCAGGGAAGGGUCCGAACCGUGAAGGGAGAUGCUUUGGUGAAAGAAGAUGUCCGUCGAGGUUGGGAGGUAGCGGGUCAGAAUGUCCCAGGUUCCUCGUCAGACGCGGAUGGACAAGUCGACGUUCUCCUUUUCACCGUCGGUGGCACGCCCACAUUCAGCCUCACCUGUGGUUUCCUCAUCUCGCCACCCGAUCUCUGCUCCCACUCACUGAUCAACACCCUCUCCACCAUGCCUCGCACAUCUACCCUUCCACGCAUCGUCGCCGUCACAUCAACCGGCCUCACACCCGAGAACACCUCCACACUGCCCCUCGCCAUGCGUGUUUUCUAUCGUGUCCUCCACAGUCCUCACAAGGACAAACAAGGCGCCGAAAGGAUUCUCGCUCGGGCGCUCGGUAAUCCGGAAUCUGAGGAACACAUCCUACCGGAAGAUUGGGACCAGACCGAAGGAUUGCCAGGGAAGGGAGAGUUGAAGCGUGUGGUGGUAGUGAGACCGGCGUUGUUGACGGAUGGAGAGUGUAAGGAGAAGUAUAGAAUCAAGGCUGAGGGAGAUUUGGCGGUGAAGGGUGGCUACACGGUCAGCCGGAAGGACGUGGCGCAUUUUAUCGCCGAGAGGCUUCUGGGAGCGGAGUGGGAUGCCCUGGAGGGCAAGGGCGUGAAUGUAGCCUAUUAGAUAAUUCUUAGUUCUGUCAGCUAGUUCACAAUCUUGGUUUCGGACUGGACCGGAUGUAUUCCUUGUAUGCUGGCGGCCUGCUUCCAAU